AUUUUGAUACCUUUCGCGUCCUGUGUCGCGCAAUGCCAAAAUGCCAUCCUUCGAGCCGAUGGCUUCGAACUUGACCGUCAAUGAUAUCUUUUCCUUCAACGAUGAAGAGCUCGUGCAGUACAUGAAGCAGAAUCGCCGUGCUGACGGCGGCUUCGACCUUGAGUGCGAAGGCUGGGAGAACCUGGCGAAAGAACAGCGCGACCAGCUAGCUCAGCGAUUAACGGCUGCGGCGCUAAAGGCGAAUGACGAGGUGCAGUCUCGGCCAGUCGACUUGGACGCGGUCACCGCACGACUACGCGAGAUAUCUGACAACCAAGAAGCGCUGCCAAUAGCUACAUCUCGAUCACCGUCUUACGAGAGAUCCCCUACGGUCAUAUGUGACAAGUUCGAGGAGACAAAGCAAGAUGAGACAAGAGCUUACCAUGAGCUGGUCAAGGACGGCGGCCGGCCGGUGUAUCCCAUCAGUCGUCUGGAGGAGGUUCUGAAUAACCCUGAAGGACACCGCGAGAUCCUGCUGCCAUGGCAGCCUAAUCCAGAUCUCGAAAUACCCUACGCGGAAGUGUUCGUGGUGCAGUUGGCGACUUGGAAGAGAUUUCGCUAUUGGCAGAAAAAAAAUCGGGACAUAUAUAACGUGGAAGAAGAGUUUGCUGCGUACUCCAAGGAGGCAUGGCGCAGAGAGACAGAGGAGAUUGCAAGCUUGAGCAGAUCCAGACGGAAAUUCCUAGAAAAGUCGGAGAGAGAGUAUCUCGAGAAGCUUCGGGAUAAGUUCUUGCGGAUGCAAGAGGAAAAGGGAGUCGACGAUGGGGAUGCAGGGUUCUCCGCGUUUCUCGAGGAGGAGAAACGGCGAAACAUAGAGGCCGGAGUCCAAUGGCCGGGAAUGACAGAGCACGAGUAUCGGCAGUCGCUCAGGGUCUAUUUUAACAGGGCGGAAUACCGGCGCAACUUAGAGCAUUUCUACUGGUUGCGGGAAGACCACGGCCGGGGCGGAUUUCCCGAAUACGUCGCUGAGGCCAGGCGCCGCCUCGGAAAACACGGCUUCACGCGAGACUUCCAGCUCGACAAAGAUCCAACACGCCAAGAUAAGUUGACAACGUGGAUCGAAUACCUGAAUUACGAGUACGCGUGGUACGAUCGGUACGAGCGUUCCAUCAACCGCCUGCGGCCAGAGUACGAGGAGGCCUGGAAGAAGCUGGUGGAAUCAGGGGUGUUGCGGCCCGGGGAGACGGACGAGAAUGUGCGUACGAUCGAAUCCGCCGCUCGGCUCCAAGCAGAAGAAGAUCAAGCCAGAAAAGCUGUAACAUCUGCCGAAAGAGUAGCCAAAGCGGCUUUGGCAGAGACCGAAAAAGCCAAGGUUGGCCGCUCGAGGCUUACUACGGAGGAGCGGAAACGGAGAUUAGUAGUAGCCCACUCCAGACUCGUCGCGGCGAAGGAGGCGCGCAAGGCGCUCGUGAAACGGGGCGAUCUCAUCACGGAUUUCGUCCGAGGAACGUGGGACUACGCAGAAGAGGAGAGGAACAUAUAUCGCCAGCGUGUUCGGCUGCAGUGGGCCCUCGAACAAUUGCCCCUGAUUGAGGCUGAGUUGGACGAAUCGAACGGCUUGCGCGCUGGACGUGGCGCGAAGAGGAGCAAACCCCACCAGAGCGAUGAUGACACGGAUGUCGGGGGGCCUACGGAGCGGAAGAAAGAUGAACCCAGUGUGCCGGCAGAUGAUACCGGAGCUUCUGCGAGAGCAAGAACACCAAAGCGCGGCGGGCAUGAUGACACGAACCAUCCACGGCCCUUGAAGCGGCCCCGAAACGAUAGCAACAAACCCACUUCUUAUGCCACAUCGGGGAUGAGCGAUAUAUCCAAAAAUUGUCUGUCACGAUCCAUGGAGACAUCUCAAUCUCAGGCAACAGGGCAACGAUCGGUGGCCGAAAAGAGCAUCAAUGCCGAUACGAGGGACAUCGCUGGCCAGACGCUGUCGCGGCCGCCCGGGAACGGGCAUGGGGAUACCAUCAAGCUUCGUCGAAGCGCUCGGAUUGCCGCUCGCCAAGGCCCCUCUGGAACUGCUGUUACACAUCCGCACGCCACUGACGUUGCAUGCCGACGAUCUGGUCGGAAGCUCUCAAAAGAACGGGUGCCUCUCUCACCCAGCACUAGGUUGCGAGGGCGCCAGCCAAAGUCUACCGCGACGAACGUGGCGAGGAAGAGAGGUAACAAGGGGUAGCAGUUGGCUUGGCCCAUCUAAGCAAAAAGGAGUCUCGAAGAUGGGAUGAACGUCAAGGACAAGGUAGGAAAUAAUAGAGCAUGUAAUUAGAGGUCUAAUUAGCUGUUAGGUUUCGUUAACGAUCUGGAUACCCGCUGCGUAUACUCGAUAGACAUGGGUUCUUGGAUAAUUGUUUUGUUGUAGUCUAGCUAUUCUGAUAUUCUCGGAGCCUGCGAUAGACUUGGCUUCUU